UCCUGAUCCAAUCCAUUUCCCCUUCUUGAUCAGCCAUGGCGUUUUCUCUGCACCGUCUCCAUCUCUUUCUCCUCCCAUUCCUCGCCCUAAUUCCGAUCACAAACUCAAACCUAACCAAAGACUACUACGCCAAAACCUGCCCCCAAUUCCCCACCACCAUGGAGCGAAUCAUCGUCGACAAACAAAUGGCGGCCCCCACCACCGCCGCCGGCAUCCUCCGCGUCUUCUUCCACGACUGCGUCGUCGGCGGCUGCGACGCCUCGCUCCUCAUCGCCUCCAACGCCCACACCACCGCCGAGCGCGACGCCGAGCUCAACCGCUCGCUCCCCGGCGACGCGUUUGACCUCAUCGUGCGCCUCAAAACCGCGCUGGAGCUCGAGUGCCCCAACACCGUUUCUUGCGCCGAUAUUCUCGCCGUGGCCGCGCGUAACCUCGUAUCUAUGGUGGGUGGGCCCUACUACGAGGUUGUGCUUGGGAGGAAAGAUAGCCUUGAGUCACGCGCGUCCGACGUGGCAGGCCACAUUGCCACCCCUUAUAUGCCCAUGGAUAAAAUCAUCGCUGUUUUUGCCUCCAAGAAUCUUACCGUCCAAGAACUUGUUACCCUCUCCGGCGCCCACACCAUUGGAUUUGCCCAUUGCUCCGAGUUUAGCCACCGCAUCUUCAACUUCAGCUCCACCUCCCAGGUUGACCCGACACUACACCCAACCUUCGCCCACGCGCUACAAAAACUGUGCGCCAAUUACACAAAACAAACGGGCAUGUCGGCGUUCAAUGACGUGAUGACGCCGGGGAAGUUCGACAACAUGUAUUACGUCAACCUGCAAAACGGCAUGGGGCUGUUGGCCUCCGACGAAGCGCUGUUCUCCGACAACAGAACGAGGCCGUACGUUGAUCUGUACGCGAAGAACCAGACGGCGUUCUUCGACGCGUUCGCGCGCGUGAUGGAGAAGAUGAGCGUUUAUGAGGUGAAGACCGGAAAAGACGGCGAGGUGAGGAGGAGAUGCGACGCUUUCAAUAAUUUGAAGGCGACGGCCAGUUAAUUAAUUAGGUGACGGUAGGGUUUGUUUGUAUUAAUUUGUGACGAUUUGUAUAUCAUACGGUCAGAUUAAUUCGUGGAAUGGUGACGAUUUGUUAAGUUCUAAUAAUUGUGUGUGUAUAUGCAAUGGAGUAUUACUUUGCUGUAUAUGUUUGUUUCGUAGA